AUGAAUUUAUCGAAGACUAUUCUUUUGAUUGUCUUGUUGGGAAUUGUUGUCUUUCUUGCAACCACUACAUUCGCACAAAAAGUUCCAACCAACAAAAAAUUGGUUUCUAAGGCACAAAAACCAAAACCUUCAUCUGUUCCAACCCAAAAGAAGAAGAAUAUUGUUAAGUCAUCUUCUCCAGCAACAGGGAAGAUAAAGAAGGCUACUAAGCAAGUAAAAAAGCCAACCUCCGAUAAAAAGAAGAACCUAAUAACAAGUUUGACAACAUCAAAAGUUUCAACAAAACCUAGAAGUGAAGCACAAAAGACAUCUCCAACUAUUGAUCGCAGUGUACUCAAAUUAUUCAAUGCUCAAGCAAUACCUCCUGUCGCCCAACAACAACCUCCUAAAUCAAGAACUAUUGCAGAAACUCUCAAAUUAUUAAAUGGAGAAUCUCAAAAAUCAGUUGCCAAACCUGUACCAAAGCUCAGUACUCAAUCAACUUCAAAUACAUCCAUCACUCCAUCCACUUCUAAUCAAGUUGGUUUAGCUAAACCUCAACCAAAACCAGUCACCAAACCAAAACCUCAAGAAAAGAAGAACAAGUCGAAGAAGCCAGUAAAGAAACAUCAAGAAAAGAAGGCAUCUGGAUCUAGAGUCAACAUUUCCAAUCUUAUCAAUGUUAAUCAAGAUAGACCACAUCACGACCAUCAUCAUAAAAGACACAGAAGACAUCCAAAGAGAAGACUCAGUCGUAAUGAGAAAGAAAAGAAAUUGUUCUUUAGAGACCUUGUCACCCUUUUGAAGAAAAUUAAAAAAAAUAAUCAAUAA